UAUGCUCACUUCAUCUUGAUUUGUGUAGCCAUAGCAAUGAUUGCUAAGAGACAAGAUCCAUCCAGGCAAAGCAAAAAAAUAGAGUCUUAUGCUGUUUAUCUUCUGAACCAACGAAAGGCUUUCAUUUGUUCAGUUCUGACUUUAAAAUUAUAAAAUUCUUUUUUUCUCUUCUCUGUUUCUUUUGACAUAAACACCAUGAGUGAUUUCGACAUUACAAACGUUCGAGCACGUAAUUCCUUUCUUGCUUCUUUAAAAAAACGAAAAGCAUUUGGUCUUAAUGAUUCAGAUUCAGAUUCAGAGACUGAACAAGUUCGAAAACUCGAUAGAAAGAAGAAGCACCCAUCUCCACCCAAAGAAAACAAACUAUCCAACACAACACAGAAUAACAAUACGAACAACAAUAACAAAGAUGCGAAUGAUAUGAGCAGGAAUAUACAUGAUGCGAGCGACAACAACAGGGAUACGAAUGAUACAAUCAAUGAACCAGAACCAUUAUCAGACGUAAACCCUUAUCUUAUAUCCACUGGACCUGCACUUGAGCAAAUCAAAGCAUUGUCUAGAUCAGCCAUUCUUCCUAUACCUUCACCACCUUCUACAAACGAAAAAUCUGCUUCUUAUAUCAAUCUUUCGGACGACGAGGCUCAAGAAUUGCCCUCUAUACCUGAUGCUCAGAUUGAGGACCUAGAUCCAGAAUUAGCAGCCCUCUUGGAAAAUUCCCAAAACAAACCAGAAACACAUUCAGAGCCACAAAAGAUUUCUAUCAGGUUACAAUACCAGCACAACUUGGCAGAAUUAAGUGAAAAGAGCAAGUCCCUUGUGGAGAAGCUAAUGAAGCCUAUCAAGAUAAUUAUUAUGGAUAAUGUCCAAUUUCACAAGGUGAUGGACGCCUUUUGUAUGCAUAAAAAAUUAAAAAAAUCGGAAGUGGUAUUGGUCUAUAAUGAAGAAACAGUCUUUUUGAGUGCAACACCCUCAGGUGUUGGUAUGAGUCCCAUUGGCACAAACAACAUGCAGGUCUAUCCAAAGCAUUGUUUUGAUGUCAUGAAGCAACAAAAAGAAAAAGAGAAACAGGAGCGUCUCAAGAGAAUAGCAGAAGCAAAAAAUGAUGACAACGAUGACUUUGAGAUCCCUAAAUUCGAAUCUGACGUACCCACUCAAAAUACAGAGGAAGGCGAAGAUAGAAUUAUCUUGAAGCUAAGAGAAAGUGACAAGAAGGAAGUUUUUUUUCGAAUUAGACCUUCAAGCGUUCUUUCUUCACUUGUCCAAUCUUAUAAAGCAAGGACAGGCAUGGAUUCCAAUACAAAAAUGAUGCUGAUUUUCGAAGGUGAAGAAUUAGAUCAUAAUUUGAAAAUCGAAGACACAGAAUUAGAGCAUGAAGAUAUUGUGGAAGUAAAGAUAGUGUAAAAUAAA